AUGGCAGCCAUCGACGACCACCUCAAGGACCGCGAGAACCGCAUGGUCAUGAUGGAAUACAUCAUGCUGCGCGGCGUCAACGACGCGCUCGAGACCGCGCACGACCUCGGUCGGCUGCUUGCCGGUCGGUCGGUGCACGUCAACUUGAUCCCGUACAAUGCGACCGAUGUCGACGCCGAGUAUCAGUCGCCGACGAAGGAAGAGAUCAUGGCCUUCCACGGCAUCCUCCGCACGGAGUACAACAUCAAGGUCACGGUGCGUGAGAACCAUGGCAUGGACAUUGACGGCGCGUGCGGCCAGCUCGCAGUCAAGAAGCUCGACGACGCGCUCCCCAAGACCAACAAGAAGCCGGUCCAGCGCGAUAUCGAAGACCUCGGUGCCACGUCCCGCUCGCCCAAGAGCGGCGCGGGCAAGAAGGCGUCGACGCGGGGCAUUCCAACGCCGCCGGCCACCAACGGCGUCCCGACGUCGCUCCUUGUGGCCGGCGCCGCCUUGGUGCUGCUGCCAGCGAUCGCGUACGUGCUGCGCAAGCGGCUGUAA